AAUGCCAGGACUGGUGGGCAGCAGGUUGCAGACAGAACACUUCCACGCUUCCCGCAAACUGCACAGUCUGUUCUGCUGUGGAAAGCCUCCAGAUAGUGACAGACUUGGGAGAACUCUCCGAAAAGCUCCAGGGGUCUCAGCCUUUUCUCAUCAAGACGGGGCGGUCUCUCUCCUAUGAAGAACUGAAGCAAUUUCAGUCCCAGGAUCCAGACCUGGCAGAUGUUAUAAUAGAAGAAAAUUCAGCUGAAUUGUGGAACUGCCCGUUUUUCUUUCCCUGGAACAAAUCUGUGAAUAAAACUCGGAUCCUGCAGGAAUUUUUCCCCGAUUCCUCUUUGCUGUCCUUCCCCAAGACGGUGUCCUUGGAGAGCUGCUUCCUCAUCCGCCAUCCAGAUUUGGGGAAUAAGAGCUACAGUUUGCGCAGCCUCUUUGCUGUUGGAAGCGGGCAGCUCACCCUGAGCGUCGUUCCUCUGGACAAGUGCCGAGGACACUGUGAGGUGUUCAAGGUGGAGCUGGAAGCUGGAGAUUUGGGUUAUGCCAGCGCAGAUUACUGGACGAUGAGCUUCCUGGCCAAAGGGACGGAGCCGGCAGUGGUUUGUGAUGGAGCUGCCAGCUAAGACGGGGGAGGGAGAAGAGAGCUGUUUCCAGGACAGGACUUUCAGCUUUGAAGCCGAGGCAACAUCUUGAAAGCGAUAGAGCUGGGGCAGCUGGGGCAGGCAGCUUUGCCACCCUGCAUGUUUACAGUGUUUAAAAAUGACUUUUCCUGACCCUUGAGGUAAUUCUUUGCCUUUCCUCAAAUGUGUUUUGGGAGAAGC